CCGCCUGCCGCCGGUCUGUCAAUGCUCUCUCGUCUGCUCUAGCGAAGCAGCAGCAGCAGCAGCAGCAGUGCGUAUCGUGCGCGGGCAUUUCUUGCUCUCCCUUUGUGGUGCGAGAGGUUGUGCACGACACUUUGCGUCCCUUCCCGCCGUGAUGACGACAGCGCAGCAGGGAAGGCGAGUGUUGGCCGUCGCUGCACUGAUCGCCCUCAUCAGCCCGGUCGUUCUCGGAAACGUCCUCAGGACGAACUUGCUGAACUACAACUAUUACAACAACAAUGGCAACAUGACGGAGUGCAGACCACCUUCCCCGUGUGGUUGGUUUAUGUACCAACCCAUCGAGAGGAAUUUCCUCCACUACUUGCAAGUAUGUUCGUGUCCAGCCGGGAUGCGCUGUUUGGCAGACCGCGACGACGUGUCCAUCUCCUGCUGGGUCUACACGUGCAAGGAGGCGUCCUCCGAAACGCCAGCUAACCCUCCGCUGAACCCCCCGAUGUGACCCCCUCCACGACUCGGUGCUGGUGGCGCAGCUAUUGGACUUGGGCGUCGCGAGAAAAAAAAAAAAAAGUGCUCAUACGUAAGUAGGAGCCCAUUACGGCGUUGUCAUCCGGAAGAGGGCAGCUUCUCAGAGAACGAGGACACGACUCAAUGACGCAGCUACGGGUUCAUGUGCAUCGGUCAGCUGUGAUGCCCACGAACAAAGAAGCGGAGGACAGCAGACAGGGUGGCGACUACGCUACUCUCCUUUGCCUUGGUUGAAAGCUUUCUUUUGCCACUUCUGUUCUAUGCCGAGACAAAAAUCCGAGUGACGGAUCGUUACGUCGGCUUCUUCCCAUUGGGUGACCGCCGAAGCAUCACAUAAGGAAAGCCAGCUUAGCGAAUGUCUGUACGAACAAAUGAGCUGGUUUUCACAUUGAUUAAUUUCAUAUCGCCGCUUUGCAUCGGCAGAUUCGUUCGCCUUACCGCCAUCCAAUCAACAUUCGUCGAAGCCGACACCAGUCUCGUGUCGGCUCCGGCUACGACGAGGCGAUACUUGCACUAUUUCAUGCUUUUAAGACAUAUAACUUAUUUAUUUUACGCACACUCCGCUGCGGCGAAAAAUAAUGGAAGGCUGCGUGUGUGACGAGCAAAGGUUAACCGAGACACAGAUGUCCGCGGUCACGGCCGAGACGGUUGCCACGCCGUCCAGCGCAGUCGGUUGUGUACUGCUGCGACCAUAUCGAGCCUCGGCGCUUGUUUUAUGCCGAAACUGUAUUCGGGAUACACUUAUUACCACCGCGCUUAUGACUUAAGCCAUUUAUAGGCAUCUUGUCAGUGGCCAAAGGGCUCUUCGUCGUGUACGAAAAUGUCCGCACACGUGUCUUUAUUUAUUGGUUCACAACUUCUCGUGCCAGAGAUCCUCCACUGUAAAACACGUGGCUGUCGCUCUGGAAAGUGAACACAUCUCAUUACACCCAUCUCUUCACGCAGUGGUCAACGAGCCAACUUGCAACGAACUGUUGUCGACUGUACAAGUGUAUUGUUUCGUUUUCUUUUCUUUUUGGCGGUCACGAGAACUCUGUUCUGCCCGUAUGUUAUCCCAUUGUGGGAUGGGGAGAACGAGUUAGGAAAUUUCUACAACCCUACAGAGUUUUUGCGGGGAGGUAAAACUAACGUCAUUUAACCGCGACUUAAGAACGGAUAUGUAUUAAUCCUUAAACUGUCUCAAGCGCAUGCUCAAGUUCAUUUUUUUUGCUCUUUUUUUUCUGUGCACCUCUUCGGUAGCAUUGUUUUGUAUAAUACGUUCACAUGUGUUUUACGGAAUGCGAAAGUGUACUUCUUUUCGUGAGAUCUAGUUUUGUAGAGUUAUACUAGCCUUUUACAUAAUUGUUGAUACAACUCGUCCUCAUUCUUUUGCACAUUGAGAUGAUUUUGUCGCUGCUCUGCGCUGCCAAAUGUGCAACAAGAGAGCGGGUGCAAAUAAAGUGAAAACGGC